AUGACCCUGACCCCGACCCCGCCCACCCGCUCCUCCCGCUCGCCGCCGCCAAGAUCCUCCGUGCCCUCGCACUCCAGGAGACCCCCGGCCUCCUCAUCCUCGGCAAGCAGAGUGCUCCCUCCAGGUGAACUCGCCCACCGCAGCGCCAAGGGAUUCGUCUCUGAGGACGAGUUCCUCUCCAUCCCGGAGUUCUCCACCAACCCGCUCUCCCAGGUAAGGAAAGUUGACAUGCUUGACGGUGUGACAAUCCCGCGGUCCGAGAAAGUAAAGGAUGAGAUCAUCCUCAAUGGCAAUGACAUUGAGCUCGUCUAUCGCUCUGCUGCCCUUAUCAACCAGGUACUGGCGGAGGCCGGGAGCGCCAAGGCGGUGGCGUUCGAUGAGAUCGACCUUAAUGCUUGCUGCUGACAUGUGGAGCAGAAAGCCACAGGAAUCACCAUCUCAACGGUCUGGCCUUAGUGCUUGCUGCUGACAUUUUGCUGCUAUUGUUCUGCUAGACAUUCUGCUGACAUUUGCUGCUAGUCAGGUCCUUGCUUGCUAGAGUCGAUCUAUUUAUCUGCAUUGUGAAGUAACAACAAUUCUUUGGUCCAUGUUAAGAUGUCAAGAAACUGUUUGUUUAUUGAAACAACCAUCAACCACUCUCAGAUACUGCUGACUGCUUUCUGUUGCUAGUAUAGUUCAAGCUUCUUUGCCAUGUAUUUCAUUAGGAUGUGAACAAUCUACUACAUGCUCACAAAGCUAUUGACUUAAUUUUUUUUGUUUCUUUGCUGCCAAUGUUUGCCAAGCUAUUUAAACGACAAUGACAAACUGAAAUCAUGAAUACUCAUAUAGAAACUUGAACAACCAUCUUGUUGAAUUUGGUGAUGUUCCUCCAUGCUAAGAGCUAAUCUGCUUCAUUGUUAUUCAACUUUCAUUGACAGUUCUAGUUUCGCUGAAAUCAUGUUUUCUUUUCUGCUUGAUCUGACAUUAUUUGUCCAAAUGUGGGAGUAUAUUUUUUGCUUGUCGUCAUCACCCAUUUGUUGGGCUGUAGAAGUGUAUCUGUUGUCCGAUUUGCUCCAUCAUAUUUCCUGAUGUACUUUUACGUAUAUAUGUUGGUUGUAAUCUUCUUGAACGAUCCAAGUACUUGAUAUUCCAUUCUGUUCUUGUAGGUGAAUGGAGCUUGUGUUGUUGGUAGAACACCGUUGAUGACUUCUUUCUAUGUUGAAGAGCAGCUAGUGUGGAAUAUUGUAUGUUGAUAUUCCAUUCUGUUCUGUGGUAUCCAAGAGUAGCUAGUGUGGAAUAUUGUAUGGUUAUGUACGUGAAGAAGUGCGUGGGCAUGCAAUAUUUGACGGUUAAACUGGUUGU